AUGUGGCGCGACCGCACAAACCUCUACAUCUCCUACCGCCAGUCGUACGCUCAUCAUCCCAAUCAGCGAUCCAAAUAUGCCUCCGGAGGCUUCUCGGACGCAUACUCCACCAGCAGCUUUGCGCCCGAGGACCGGCGCGGGCUGCUGUCGAGCGGCGCAUUCGAAGAUGAUGGCGACGCUGUAAUUGAGAUGGACCUUUUGCCUCCGCGAUGGACUGACGUUUCGGACGAGAUCACGGAGCUGCUCGCUGAGAUUGCCACGAAGAGCCAGCGGCUGGACAAGCUGCAUCAGACACAUGUCCUCCCUGGAUUUGACGAUGACGAAGCCAAGAGGAGGGAAGAGGUCCAGAUCGAGAGACUCACCCAGGAGAUCACAAAGAGCUUCCAUCAGUGCCACCAGCGGAUCCAAAAGAUUGAGCACAUGGUCCGCGAAUCAACGCAAUCAGGAACCAUCAGCAGAGCGGAGGAGACCAUGGGGAAAAACAUACAGAUAUCACUAGCCACAAGGGUCCAGGAAGCUAGCGCGAACUUUAGAAAGAAGCAGAGCGCAUAUCUCAAGAAACUUCGCGGAAUGGGAGGCCUCGGCGCCGUUAGCCCAAUCGAUCGGCCGACAUCGCCAAUGCCCGGCUCUUCCUACAUGGACCCAUCCCUCCAGGAAUCCGAUGCCGACCGCUCCUUUUCGCAAAAUACGCUGCAGGUCGCAAUGCAACAGAAGACGUUGCACUCAAACGACGCCGCCAUUGCCCAGCGCGAGCGGGAAAUCGAGGAAAUCGCACAAGGUAUCAUCGAGCUGUCGGAUCUUUUCCGCGAUCUUCAGACCAUGAUCAUUGACCAGGGCACUAUGCUGGACCGGAUCGACUACAACGUUGAGCGCAUGAAUACAGAGGUCAAGGCUGCUGAUAAAGAGCUAAAAAUAGCAGAGGGCUACCAGAAACGGAACAUCAAGCGGAAAAUUAUCCUCUUACUGAUACUAUUGGUUGCUGGUCUAUUUAUUCUGCUUAUGGUCAAACCGAAGAAGAACAGUGAGUAA